AGGCGUGACUUUCUAAGACUGACUCUUAUGAUUUUACUUUCGAUCGGAUCCGAUUACUUUCUUUUGUCAUCCCUCAACAUCCCCACCGUCCAUGCAUUUGCUAGGCGUCCGCGAUCGUUGCCACGUGCUCUUUCUUCUAGAACCUUCGGUGGAAGGACCGUUGGGAUGUUGAUGGUUCAUUAGGCACUUCAGCGAUAUACAUUGUCGCCGAGUGCCGCCACAUCUUUAUCUCUAUCGUCAGUCCGUCGGAUUUGAAGUAUGCCGGUCGUGACACCAGCACCAAUACCUUGGGCCUUGAUAUAUGUUGACAAGGACACACUUCUGAUUAACUUCCAGAAGAUUUUAGCCAUCACUCGUUAGUCCUUAAAAAUUUAUGAACAGAAGCAUAUUGCUACUACUAUGUACAGCGUGUUAAAAAAUUUAUUUGUCAAAAAAGUGGAACGCCAAAUUUCCUGAAUGUUGAAAUGGUUACCACUUCUAAGAAAAUUCUACAUCUGGUCUUUUUAGUUUUCUCAAGCACUGAAGCCAUUGACAGCGCGUAGACAAAAGACUGCGACGAAGUCAGGCCAUAAACAGUAGACAGGCGACGUUGGCUUCGGGGUUUUCAGUUAUUGGGUAAUGUCACGACCGGCAUACUUCAAAUCCGACGGACUGACGAUAGAGAUAAAGAUGUGGCGGUACUCGGCGACAAUGUAUAUCGCUGAAGUGCCUAAUGAACCAUCAACAUCCCAACGGUCCUUCCACCGAAGGUUCUAGAAGAAAGAGCACGUGGCAACGAUCGCGGACGCCUAGCAAAUGCAUGGACGGUGGGGUUGUUGAGGGAUGACAAGAGAAAGUAAUCGGAUCCGAUCGAAAGUAAAAUCAUAAGAGUCAGUCUUAGAAAGUCACGCCUAGAGUUCGGAAGUAGAUUGUAAAGUGUAUUGAUGUUAGAAAAAAAAUAAAGUUUUCUUUUUUAUUUUUACCUCAAAUUCCUUUUCUUAUUUUGUUAUUUUACGUGACAUUUUGGCGAUCCUGCCAGGAUAGUGAAAAGUGUUUGUUCGGAAACCAAAAGACAUUCAUCAUCUACGGAAGAUCGAAUUAUUUGGGACUACGGUCAUCCGCAACAACAAAGUAACUAUCACGAACCAAGUGAAGUAACAAUAAAAGGUAAACUGAAUUCCUUUGUACGUUACCGUGAAAGAAAAUUUAGCUUCAGUAGCCAAGACUCGUCUUCGUCUGAAAAUUAUAAAUCAGCGCAAUAAUGUCUAAGGCAAACGAAUCUCAAACUUCAACCUCAACUGACCCAAUGUUGCGAGCAAUAUGGGACAGUAUUCAAAAACAGAACGAGAACAUUGCCCUUUUACGAGAGGAAAUGUUACGUUUGUCUAUGCAAAAUGACGAAGAGAACAGACACAGGGCAGCAGAAAUCGAGAAUCUCGGGAAAACCGUCGCAGCGCUACGGACUGGGUUCGGAUCCCCUGCGACCGAUGAAUUUGCUUCCAUUAUCACCGAAGACAUUGAAAGUGCGUCGACAGCAAUCAAUCGCACCGUGAAUAUGGCAAAAGCACGCAAACUGUCAGGGUUAGCAGCUCCAGACACCCCACCUGUCCACCUCGACAUCGAACAACCCGAGGUGGAAGAAAGAGGCUAUUUUCCGCCCGCUCCUCCCUCUCUACGAGCUAAGGAUGCAAUACGCUACAUCCCAACGCUCAACGGAGAUGAUGAUGUAGGAGUUGAAGACUUCAUCAAAGAAGUGAGAAGUAUGAAGGAUCGCUGUAUGGAGCAAGAUCUAUUGCUAAAAGCAAUAAAAGUGGAAAAAAUCGUGGGGAAAGCAGCCCAAAGUAUUCGCAACAUUCCUAUUGAGUGUUACGGUGAUCUGUACGACGCACUGAGAAAUAACUUAGCAGCACAAGUGACUUCGGAUGAGUACCAAGAACAAUUACGAGAGUUGAGACAGGGACGCGAGGAAUCAGUGCAAAGUUUUAAUAUUCGGUUUAGAAGAAUACUCAACCGUUUGCUGUACGCAGUAACCAAUGAGUACCCACAACCACUAACACGUAAAAUUAUGACUGAAGAAAUCACGAAGAAGACUGUUCGUGUGUACCUAAAGGGACUCAGACGCGACAUAGGGCGAAUACUAUUAAGCAAUGAACCCUUGAAUCUUCCGGAAGCUGAAAAAAAGGCAGCCGAUGUAGAACGCUACUUGCGAGAAGAACGACAACCUAAUUGGUCAUGUAAUCGCUUACCUUCGGUUAGUAAUCGCCCCGACAACCAGCAUAUGCAGGUAAGACGAUCUAAUGUACCAUCAAGAUCGCCUAACACGCCAAUAGCUCAGAAACCUGCUACAUUUAACCAAGUAGAAAAUAGAUCACCUGCUGAACGCGCGCAGAUGAAGUGCUUCAAGUGCGGAAAGCUGGGACACAUUGCCAACAAGUGUCAAAAUUUUCUACCACCGAGCCAGCGCGAUCGACCACCCGCAAGGAUUCAGGCAGUCUAG